AUGCCUGCAACUGUCCUUGUGGCCAUACCUACUACUGCGCCUCUGCAGAUGACUGUUCCAAAGCUCCUUAUGGAUCAAAAGCUAAUCCAGGUUUAUCAUGUAAAGAUAUCAACACCAAUCAUGAAAAAACAAAAUGGCAUUUAUUGGAUCAGGCUAAUGGGUAUGAUGCAAUUAAUAAGUAAAUAUUUACUAUUCACUCUGGCCAUUUUCUGUACGCGUAUGCUAUUAAAGUAACAGUCAACCUAACUGAUAUUAUGAUUAAAGUUUCAUGAUUUUCCUCAUUCAAAGAAUUGAUAAAAAUUGACGGUUGACAACUCCCUCUAAAUAUUUCCCCAGUAAAAUAAUUGUUAACUUAUACUCAAAUGCAAAAUACUUUAAUCCUUAUCAAAUUCUCUCAAAUAAUAGCGGAGCUCUCGCGCGCGAAGCCCGCCAGCGAUGCACCAUGGGUAAGAAAAUGAUCCGAGAAAAUUGCCCGAGCAACGGUCCGUCGGCACCACAGAUAUACCAAUGUACAAUAACUCAAUCAACUGGUAUGGCAACCCAAAUGCAAUUCGAGGUUAUUUUGGAGGGAAAUCGCAUAGCCACCGCCGUCUUGUAAAGCAGAGACGAUUAAAGAACCUGAAUAAAGACGAAAACGGAAAGCGGAAAUUGUUUCUGUAUCCGUUUUGUCAAAAGUAUUUAGCUUAGAUUAAUUGUCAUGUCCACAAAUUUGGAAUAUAGAGCAGGGGAAAGACAGAAAGCUCAACGAGAAAAAGGGCGACAGAGAUUUAGAGCGAGAGAUAAAAAACAAAGGAGUCAUUUUUCUGCUGGAAGAAUGACAUGAAAAUUUUGUAGCGGCGGUGACAAAAUGAGAAAUUUUAGCGGCCACCAAUGCAAGGUGAUAAUGAGCGGCAGUGAAAAAAAAGUGAACGAGAACACGUAUUCACGUUGUAGUCGUGCAAAACAACGGCAAAGAAAUGUAGAAAAAGAGUGUGCUGCACAAGCAAAGUUGCUUUUUUGCCAAUUAUACCUAUUGUUGUUUUUCACCGUUCUCCGGCGUUGCCUGCGCCGCUUAGCAUUACACGAUUUUAUAUUUUGUUUGAACAAACUAUAAAUAUUAUCGAGAGCUUCGCUUUUUGCCCUGGCUGAAUCUAUAUAUUAAUUUUAGGAACUGAAUGGAGAUUUAUGUGAGGAAGGUUUCUAUAACAUUGCUUUGCACCCUACAUGAAAGAGUUGCCAGUCUAUUGCCGGCCUACCCCGGGUAGUAUUUCCCAGGCCCCGUUGUUGAAACGUUGGAUAGCGCCAUCAAUCAUGUCAACCGGCUAAAUCCCUAUCCAGAGGAUAGGUAUGAAGGAAACUAAUUGUGUUACCACUAGAUAGAGAUUAAUCCAACGGAUAGCGUUAUUCACCUUUAGAACAACCCCAGGGCGGGCCCAGCCCAGGGUUAAAUUUGAGACAUACUGGAAAACAUUUCUUGUCUUAAAAGACACGGGCGUGAACCCAGACUGCUACAGCGGUAAAUACUUGAAGUUCGAGGUGUUUAAAACUGCUCAUCCACCGCACCAGAACUAACCAUUGCAUAAAACAUCUCUUACACUUACAGAUGAUGAGAAGCCUUUCCCAGUAUACUGUGAUAUGGCCGCUGGAGGUGAGUAAUUCAGUUUCAUCUUAAUUUAUUCAUUCAGCGAGAAAAUUGCAUUUUCGCGCCCGUGAAAUACCUAAAAGAACGCCGUCCCUAACACAUAAAUCACAAUGUUAGUCUUAAUGAAAAUAUAAUUAGAAUUUGCAAAUAUCUAUAGACUGGGACGUGAAAACUGAAGUAUCCAAAAUAGAUAUCACUCUGCUUCGGGCGACUCGGAAAUGGGUGUUUUGCCAACAUACAUAUAUAGCUGCGUAAAGAUGGUAAAUUCGAAGUAAAAGUCUCGACCUGGUGGUGUGCCAGAAUAUUUUAAAUCCGGAAGAGUCUAAAGUGAAUACUCUAUAUCCGAAUGAAACCUAUUGACUGUUAAAAAUUCAUAUAUACUUGGCUGCAAGGGCUUAAGGCUCAGCAAUGAAUAGUACAUUUCGUUUGUAUUAUUCUCCCAAGCCUCGGAGCCAAGUAUGAAUUUUAAUACAUCAUGAUCAAAAUUGGUCUGUUCCUUUGUUCUUAUACAGACUUUUGUUUCUCCUGCUAUUUAUAGGCUGGACUAUGGCGUUUAAGGCUGUGUCUGGAGUGAAUAAAAACGUGUAUAGUACAUACACAUCUGAUCAGACAUCCUCUGAAAAAGUCUUUGCAGCUCUUGAAGUCUCUAACAGGCACUUUAACCACUACAAAAACAGGAUCGUUUUAAAGUGGCAAGACAUUGGACCAACGGAGGUAUUAUAUAUUUCAUUUUAUUUCCGCUGUCACAUUGCGUUCAUAAAUCUGCCAGCUAAAUGCUCUAUCUGCUCUACCUGCAUGACAGACCGGGUCUCACAGGCUCCUGCAGGUUGCUCGUGGGUCACAAGAGAAUGCGUGGAAGCGUACGUGAAAGCGAGCGACCUGGAGCGUCUGAAAAUCAGGCUAGGCAAACGUUUGAUGGGAAGAAAAAGGCGGCAAUUCGCGCGAGUACCUUCUACCUCGUGUGUCCUUCGCGAUUUCGCGCGCCUUUAUCCCCCCUUGCCCUUUGCAGGGUAUUGAUGCCAUGUCUUCUACUUUUGUCAGGCCGGAAAUUGCAUAUAAUGAUCUCGUAUUAAAUGAAAAUACUUACUGCAAAGAAAAUAUAUAUAAUAGUCAACACCUUAUAAAUAAUAUAAUUUCGUUUGCUUGUGGUUUGUUUGUUUUUGUUCCUACUUGCGUGUCUGACAAGAGCAAAGUAAUUAAUUUAAGAGUCUGCUUCACUUUCAAAGUUAGUAGAAUGAAGGCCUCGUCCAUACGAAUCCGGACAUUUUUGAAACCACAUAGUUGCUUAUAAGCAGAUUGGUGUGGACGGGGCCUCAAACCACUCUGGAGAGCGGUUUCAAAAAUAUGCGGUCUCGGUGAGCAUAUUCAGUGGUUUCGUGUGGACAGGAGCCCAUGCUGGUGUGAAAGAAAGGCCGACUCGAGUAAAAAUAUACGCGGUUUAAAAAAUAUCCGGAUUCGUGUGGACGUGGCCUAAGAAUUCAGUUAAAUGCUAUUUUUGCUUGAUUUCCUAAAGGCGAGAGUUGUCCUGUAUGAAGGAGGAAAGGUGAUGAAGGAGUUGAAAUUCGAUGCCAAGGGAUCAGACAAACUCAACUGGUUUUCACUCUCCAGACUGAGUCAGAGCUCCUGGACUGACAUGAAGACUCAGCCAAACAACUUCUUUUCAAUCCAUGGAAAUCCAGUCAACGGCCGUCACUUUCUCAUUAACAGUGUCUAUGGUAGAUGUCCUAAAGAUGCUGGCUGGAUGGUGAUAACUGUGCCCCCAGACUGCGAUUGGAAGAAGCGUUUCCGGCCUCGUGAGAAUGUGAUACUUUACAGCAAGCUGUCUGGUCUUACCAACUGGAACCAAUACGGUGAGUUAAUCAUAAAAAAAAUCCAGGGUCCUGGUAACCCAAUAAUGGGCAUACUUACCUGGCCUUCCAUCCCCAAUGCCAAGCAAGCUCAUUAGAAAUAGCCACAGUGCCUAGGAAGGGAGGCAAUGGUUCGAUUAUGUUCGAUUACCGAACUCUAUCGAAGUGAAUUGAACGAGCGGAGUUUGAUUAUAAGUUCGAUUACCGAAAGUUUGAUUGCCUGUAAAUUAAGCCAAAUGUUCCACUAUUAAUUAUGUUCCUCUGUCUAUACAUUUGGAAUAGUAGGUUAUCGAGACGUUUAUAGUUGAUCAAGUACCAUGCAGUCGAGCGAAUGCUUUGUAUUUUGUUGUGAAGCCUAUUGAUUCUGCACCAGUGGAAAAAUUGACAAGCCGAGCAGCAAGUCUGCAUUAGGUUCAUCAGGGUGAAAAUAUGAAGUCGUUUUGGCCAUUUUCCUCCCCUCCUCCAUUUCAGCUUUUAUAAAUACCUUUUAACUUAGUUUUCCCCCAACAAAAAAUAAUACGUGAUUGUACUCUUUUUUAUUAAGAAAUGUACGUUGUAGCUCCUUCUUUCUUUUCUCGCUCUGUGGUUAUUCCUGUGUCAGUGUUAAGAUCCAGAGUACGUUUUUCCUAAUUUCAGGCAAUGUUGAAGAGGCAGAUGUCUUGGCAGUCUACUUGCGAUGAGGCAACAAUGAAGUGCACCUUCCAAGUGAAAUUUCGAGGCUGUAGAAUUUUAAAGGUGGAGGUGUAGUUGUAGGCUUACUUUCUAAAGUGCUUGUAUUCCUUGUGCCUCGUUGAAAAAGAAAGUGAAU